AUGAGCGUAGGAACCCAUUACUUCGACAUCCGUCCUGUCAUCUCCAGUGCCAAUAAUUAUCCCGGCCACUACAUCGACAACGUCAAUGAGUUCACUUCAAGCAACAACGAACACAUCGCCUUGUACCUCCCCAACAUCAAAAACACCGACGAGGGUUACUCGCCAGUUAACGAUGACGAGUGGGCCGGCAUCCUGCACCCAUUCUGGCCAGACCUGAACUAUCUCUGGGCAGUGAACUGCUUCACAAUUUGUCGUUUCUCUGGGGCGAUGGCGUAA